CAGUGGUACUUCGGCAACUGGCUUUUCGCAGCCCAGCCGCUUUGGAAUGAGACUCUGGACAUGGAGCAGGACGGCGAGCACACCGAUUUGCCUCAUGUCAACCUUGUUUUCAUCGGCCCAUGCAGCAGCGGCAAGUCGACGAUGGUGGGCCACCUCAUCGCGGACAGCGGCGCCAUCGACGCUGAAAACUUGCAGAGGAUCUUCGACGAGGCAGAUCGGCGAGGUCAGCCCGACCGACGCUACGCGUGGAUCUUGGACAAGCUGAGCUUUGAGCGCAAGCGUGGUCAUAGCAUGUCGGUGGCACUAUGGAGGCUCGCAUCCAGGCGCUGCCGCUUCACGGUGAUGGAUGCGCCGGGGCACAAGGAUUUCUCGAAGGACAUCGUGACGGCUAUGUCCCAGGCGGAUAUUGCCGUUUUAGUGGUGUCGACUUCCAAGAGCGACCUGGAGCAGGGAGAG